GCCCCACGCUGCGCUGCUUUCCAUACGGGGCGGGGUGCCGAUCAGUCCGGCGCAGAGCGCACCGCCACCAGCUGCUCUCCCCGCGCCGUCUGCCCGUCUCACCGUACAGCAUGGGUCUGGAAAAGGAGAAAUCGGACACCAGCAUAAUUAUGGACGAAGAUGAGUUCAACAGAUCGAUAGAACCCAUUCUGUCGAAGAAGGGGAAGGUGUACGAAGCGGCGCCGGACCGAGAUCCAAACGACAUCAACGCGCACUUGAAGGUUGGUUUUGAAGAUGUCAUCGCGGAGCCCAUCUCCUCUCACAGCUUCGACCGAGUGUGGAUCGGAAGCCACGCCGCCUUUGAGCUGGUCAAAUUCAUCUUUUACCGCCUGCUGACCACGCUGCUGGCCGUGCCCAUGGCGUUCAUCCUCGGCGUGGUCUUCGGGGUGCUCAGCUGCAUCCACAUCUGGCUGGUGAUGCCGGUGAUCCAGUGCUUCUUGAUGCUCCUACCGUCAGUGCAGGUGGUGUGGAGGAGUCUGACAGACAUGUUCGUAACUCCGCUCUUCCACAGCAUGGGAAAGGUCCUGUCCUCCAUUCAAGUGAAGACCACCGAGAACUGAAGCGGACGCCUCUCUGUCCCUGUGGGGAGACAAACGCAGGACAGAUUACAGUCAAAGAAAAAGGGUGAAUGAUGCUUUAGUGGAAUACAUGAGCUCUUUAUAAAGUAAAAUACAAAAUGCUGAAGAGUCCUGCACAAAGGGCUCAUAAUUAUCGAUUCACGCGACUAUACAAGAACACACUGGGUUUAGUGAUUUGAUGAUUUGCAUGGAAAAGACAAAGCCAGGCUAAAUUUGGUGAAAAAGUUACAUUUGUGUAGACAUCUAUGUAUGUUACAUAGAGUAAAUUAAUAUAUUUCAGUGCUUAGUUUGGACCUGAGACAAAUAGAAAUCACUCAUUAAAUGCUGUUAAAACAACAGUUAAAUCUGACUGAGAAAUGUUCACCUUUAAACCAAAUUUAUCCCAGUUUUAUGUUGUUUAACCUGCAAAUCAACAAAUUAAUUGACACACAUGAUCAUUUAUGAUUUAUUAGUCUCAUCACUAAAUAGUUUUGAUACUACAGUAUUUGGGAUUUUAUGAAAAGCUCAUGUGCGCCACAGAAAAUGGAGUUGUUUUGCAGAUUGUGACCAAAAAAAAAAAAAAUUCUUGUCAUUCCAUUUUACUUUGUGGCUGAGAGGAUCAGCUGGAGGAGUGUAAAGCUGUUGUCAAGGCAAACAUGCUGUUGACUUUGCUGAGAGAUGUAAUAUUUCUGCUUUUUUAUAUAUUGUAUAUAUUGCAAAUAAUUCAGCUGGAAUCAGAGUCGAUAUCUGGGAGAGCUUCAGACGCUAAGAUGCAGCUUGUUGCACAUUUUCAUGCUUACUGUAACUGCUGUGUUGAUUUCACGGUGCGUUGCCAAUAACAGUGGACAUUUGCUUUUAAGUGAACUGAAGUUAUACGCAGUAGAUUUGCUUUAACGUGUUACUGAACUAUGUCAAAAAAAACAGGACUGGAUAUCAUCCGAGAGGCUUUCUAAUUUAUUAUUUAUGCAGCAACCAACUCUUGGUUGGCGAACACUUGACAUUUGCAGCAUCUGACCUAAGAGGACUUCACUAAAAACAGCGUGUCGAAGGCGAAGCACAUUUCCUACUGUGUUAGGACGACGCCGCAGUUGAGCUGAGACUCCGGUACAUGCGUAUUUAAUCUAGAGGCGCUUAGUGUUUGUUACAGCACUGCUAAUCUGCAGACUGCAUUUUGUCUGCACUGUUUGUUUGCAGUGGAAUUGAUAAAGUUGAGUUUUAGGUACAAGCAUGCACAAUCUAAAAUUUAGAAAUCAAUGUGAUGCACAAUUUUAUGGGCUCUGGUAAAUGAGAGCAAACAGCUGACCGUUUCACAUCCAGCAGACACGGAGCAACGUUUUUACACCUGAGAAAAACAUCUGGCUGUUUACAGCAGUAUUAAAAGCUAGUUGCUAACUACGACUGCAGUUUUGCAAACAGCAGUUGUUGCUAAAAAAUAUAUUGAUUAGUGAAGCACUACUGGUUAAAGGCUAUAAACAAACUGUCAUUGUAAAGUGCUCCUCCAACAUUAGGUGGACAAAUCGAAUUAAUUUCAUGAAGUAAAGAUUAAAUGAUCACUGUGCUAAAAUACAAAUUAUCAAUCUUAUAAACCUGUUGAAAGUGGGAUUAUUCGACAGCUCCACCUUUUUAACUCAACAUUGCACUGCCAGCUAGAAAGCUAACCCGGUGAGCGUCUGAACCAGAGCUCGCCACAGGUUUGGCCUCAGACAACGAUGCUGUAUGACGUGAUGUGUUGUUGCCAGCUGACAGCUGAAGGCCGGCGGCCCUCUCAGAGCUUCUUUUAUUCCUUUCACUGAUGUUAGACUGCUGACGAGCUGCCACGCUUGUGUUUAGUUUUUCAACUCAGUUCAAGGUAGGGUUGUGCAAUAGUGGAAGACACAGGUGUGUGGCUGAAGCGCUUUCUCUCUGCAGAAAUACAGCGUGCAGCACUAACCGACCCCAGCUCAGCCCAGCUAAUCUUCAAACGUUACACAUCCUCACUUCACAUGCAUCCGCUAAUAAAAAAAAUACUACUUUUAUCAUCUAUCAUCUCUUACUGUUCCUGAACUUUCGAGUUCUUUGUGACCAAAAUAAAGACAUUUUUUUUCCUCCA